GUAGGAGUGACCGGGUGCCCCCUCCAUCCCUGAGACAGGAUGCCCCCCUCCCGGCUCAGCGUCCCUCUCUCCCAGUCUCUUGGCUGGUGGCGGAGACGGGACGGUGCAAGGGGACCAUGGGGUGCGGGAAUCGUCGCGGGGAUGCCAGCGUGCCGGCUUGGGCUGCAUCUCCCUGGAGCUGAGGAAGAGCCUGUGUCCCCUGCGAGAGGGUGAGGGGUGCAAGCUCUGCUCCACGGGCUGGACGCUGCAUGGGAGCAAGUGCUGUUGGAUGGCCGAGAGGAUCAACCCUUGGAGCGCGAGCUGGGAGGACUGUGUGAAGCGGGGUGCCGAGCUGCUGAUGCCAGAGGACCAGGAUGAGCUGGGUUUCGUAAAGGAAAUUGUGCAGAAACCCACCAGCUACUUCUGGAUCGGCCUCUCCAUACCCCCUGGCAGGAAGAGCUGGACCUGGCUGAACGGCUCCUGCCUGGACCAGAGCUGGUUCCAGCUGAGCCCCCGGGAUGAAGGCAGAAGCUGCGGGGUGGUCAGGGAGGACAGGAUCAGCUCCAACAGCUGCAGUGCAGGGUUGCAGUGGAUCUGCCGGAAAGAAGCCACCCAGCUCUGAGCCGGGGACACCGAGCUGGGCUGUGGCCAGGAGGGACGGGCCAGGAUCAGGCCCUCCGUGGGGGAAUAUGGGAGGCAGCGCUGGCGUUGUUGUGUGCAGAUCAAUAAUGACAUUAGCUGGGCUCCCUGUGGUGUUUUCAAGCAGCUUUGCUGACGGGCAGGGCUGGAAGGAGCAUCCUUCUGUAUCGGACCAAUCUGCGUGUGUGUGCAUGCCCU